UUGGAAACCCAGAGCAGUAGAUAGAAAGUCACUGGGAGCGAGGAAUAAAGGGAGUGAGUAGGUGAGGGAGGGGGGAGGGAGGGAGUGAGUGAGAGAGUAAGGCUGCGCUCUCUGUCUCCAAAACAUUUACGCACCGCAGCAGUAUUCCGCCUCUCCGUGUCUGUACUCACCACCGUCAUCGUACCAACAUCCACCACUAAGCAGCUCUCUCCACUCUGAAGGACGAGGAGCAAAAGUCAGCACACGUACCGAUCUCUCUGACCACCGUGUUUGCAUGCGGUGAGCAAUUAAAGCGGGAGAGGAAGAGGAGGAGGACGGAAGUUUUGUUUCUUGUUUUUUUCCCUUCCUCGUGGAGAGCUCAGGGCGCACCGGCGACUGAAUGGUUGAGCCCAGCCCUCCAGCACUGCAACUUCUCUCCAGCGGGGAUGUCACCAUGGCAGGCCUUGGUGUCAAAGUAGAACAGGAGGAAUCGAGCGGAGGAGGUAGAGUGAAUAGCAGCGGUGAACGUCUUAAGACAUCUCCUUCACAUGACUGGUCUGGAAGUCAGCCACUGGAGGCCCGCCAGCUGACACCACCACUCUCCCGCUCCCCUUCAGAGGGUUCUCCAGGUAAGGAGCACCCUCACAGGCAAAGCCCCAUGGGACUGAAGGCGGUCAGGAUGCACGAUCAACCAGAAGGGCAAUCCAGCUUCAAGGAAGUAAUGCCUACCAUUGAGAAGCUGCUAACCACUGACUGGAAGGAGAAACUUCUGGAUAAAAGCACAGUGGGGGAAGAACAACUGAAAGGUACUCCAGAGUCUCUGGCAGAGAAGGAAUUCCAGUUGUUGAUGAUGAUCAACCAGCUGAGCGGUCUGAGGGAGCAGCUCCUGGGAGCUCACUCAGAGCAGAGGAACAUGGCCGCCCUGCUGCUGGAAAAACAGCAGCAGCAGAUGGAGCUGGCUCGACAGCAGCAGGAGCAGAUCGCCAAACAGCAGCAGCAGCUGAUCCAGCAGCAGCACAAGAUCAAUCUUCUUCAGCAGCAGAUCCAGCAGGUGAACAUGCCAUAUGUGAUGAUCCCAGCUUUCCACCCCAACACCCAGCCCCUCCCAGUCACCUCUGACCAGAUGACCCUGCCACUGCAGCCAAUCCCUUGCAAGCCAGCUGUGGAUUAUCCCAUGCAGCUGCUGCCGAACCCUCAUCCCACCCCUGUCAAGAGGACCGGUACUUCCUUCCGACAGGAAGCCAGUCAACCCUUGAACCUGACCUCCAAGCCAAAGGGGCUGGAGCUGGGGAAAACACACAGUCCACAGAGCCUGGAGUUGGGAUCACUGGCACUGCAGGGGCCCUACAGGUCCAGAGAUCUCCAGAGAGAAGUGUCUCGCAGUCCACCACGAUCUGCCCUCAGUUUCCUUGGAGAUGGUGAUGUAGUCUCCCAGGCCAUCCAUGAUGCCCAGCAGCUCCUGAGGAGCCACAGCAGCGGAGGGCGAGAGAUGGAGAGAGACAGGGACAGGGAGAGAGACAGUAGAAAGAUGGAGUUUAAAGAUUCUUCUCGCAGCGAGAGAAUUUCUCACUCCGAGCGGGGUGACGACAGACACGGUCUGCCGUCCACCGAGGACCACCUCAGCAGCGACUCUGAGGGUGCUUUGCCCAUCUCGGUCUCAGGCAGCUAUGCUGAGGCCCGGCCCCCUCCCUCCUCGGGCCACAUCAAGAGACCCAUGAAUGCGUUCAUGGUGUGGGCCAAGGACGAGCGCAGGAGGAUACUGCAGGCCUUCCCUGACAUGCACAAUUCCUCCAUCAGCAAGAUCCUGGGUUCCAGGUGGAAGUCCAUGUCCAACCAGGAGAAGCAGCCUUACUAUGAAGAGCAGGCGAGGCUGAGCCGGCAGCAUCUGGAGCGCUACCCUGACUAUAAAUACAAACCCCGUCCCAAACGGACCUGCAUCGUGGAGGGACGGAGGCUGAGGGUGGGCGAGUACAAGGCCAUGAUGAAGAGUCGCCGACAGGAACAGAGAGCGACCUACACUCACAGUCAAACGGAGCCUCGGCAAAUCCACUACUCCCACAACGAUGCCCAGUACCAGGGCAGCACUGGCUCAGUCUCCGUGGCAACCGUGCCCUUUCACCCUGCAUUACUGGAGCAUUAUCUGCCACAGGUCCCGGCUACUCCACGGCGAGCGGAGGGCCACACCACACCCACUUCCCUGUCCAGAGAGAGAGAGAGGAAACGAGAGAUGGAGCAGCCUCUGUACAGUGAAGGAGAUGAAAGCGACGGGGGACAGAGGAGUGAAGGGGAACUGGUGCUCCUGACAGACUGAAGAGGGAAGGUGGGUGGGAGAGGGAUAAAAAA